UUACUUGUUAGCUAACUUUGUUCACGUGUCCAUGAUUGGAAAUAAAAAAAAAUUUGACCAAAAUUUUGGAUUUCCCUUUUUUACUGACCGACCACUUAAGCAAAAUAAUGCAGUCAAUUAUUUUAAAGGCAAACUUGCUGAUUUUAUUUAAGAUAAUUUACAGUAUCUUUGAGCGUAACUACUUUUUACAGCUCUUGGUACGAAAUCUCGAAAAUCAUUUGAACGAUAUAAUAACUUGUCGGGAUUUUGGAUUGUCAAGAUUUUGAUUGUCGAGAUUUUGAUUGUCGAGAUUUUGGAUUGUCGAGAUUUUGUUGUCGAUCUUGUGUUAGUUGUGCAAGUGGCUGUCGAGAUUUUUGAUCGGAUACCCUUUUUACAUU